GUCAAGAUGUUAGCAAAGAUAUACAACUGGCUCAUCACUCUCUUUUAUUUCUAUCUCACUUAUCGAGGGGUUCUAUUAAUUUUCCUUGAGUGUGACGAAAAUAAGUAUAAAAGUAUUAUUUUUCAAUAUGGUUUUGAAAAUAAGCAUAAAUACCUCAGUAUCUGGGUCUCUUUCCUCCAAACGAUGUACUUUGUCAUCGUUUCCUUCUCGGAUAUAGUGGACAGUCUCCCAACUCUCUUCCGAUGCCCUCGAUGGUCCCACUACUGCUUCACCAUCAGACACUACCUGCUCACGUCUCUGGUGCUCCCCCUCACCUUGUAUAUAUUUGCGGUUUUCUGGACUUUCUUCCUGUAUGAUCGAGAGGCCAUCUACCCCGAGCUGUUUGACCGCUUCAUACCGCCUUGGCUGAACCAUGCAAUGCACUCCUUUCCUGUGCCAAUUGUGAUAGUCCAUCUAAUUAUUUGUCCAAACCAUAACCCCUCUCGCAAGUCUGCUCUUGUAGGACUCACACUGCUGUUUGUCGUUUAUGGUGUUAUAUUCUGGCAGUCUGUGAUGAGGGGCAAUUGGGUAUACCUGCUGUUCAACCACCUCAAUCCAUCACAGAGAAUGUUACUGCUGUCAGUCAGCUAUCCUCUCAACAUAUUCUUCCUUAUUCUGAGUCGCUGGCUUAACAGUUUAGUCAAAGGUUUCAAGCUGAAAUAUUCAUCAAAGGAAGAAAAAGCUAAAUAAAUAUAAACUGACAGUUCAGUUCAAUUGAGUGAAUAAAUCAUUAAAUGUCACUUUAAGCUCAA